AUGUUCAACAAUUACCAACAGCACAAAAGUCACCUUCUCGGAAAGAAAUCAUGGAACGUCUACAACGCCGACAACGUCGCCCGCGUCCGCCGUGACGAGGCCGAGGCCCGUGCUCGCGAGGAAGCUGAGGAGCAACGCAUGCAACAGGUCGACGCCGAACGUCGUCUAGCCAUUCUGCGCGGUGAAGUUCCGCCGCCAUUUGAGGAGCAACCGCCAGCAUCAGAAUCCAGCCAUGAUCAUGGGCGCCGUCAUCGUGAACGUGAUCCUCUAAUAGAAGGACGCAAACGCAAGCGAGCAGGCGAAGAUGACACCGAUUUUGAAAUGAGGGUAGCGCGGGAACGGGCCACGGCAGGGCAAAAUGCGGCGAGGGAGCUGUCUGGCCCAGUGAAGUCGACUUCCAUCACUACUACUACUGCAUCGCUGGUCGAUAGCAGGGGUCAUAUCACGUUGUUUUCUGAAGAGGAGCUGAGGCUUGCAGAGAAGGAUGAGAAAACCGAGACAGAAGCAGCGAAGAAAAAGCGUGGGGAAGCGGAGCAGCAUCAGGUACGCUUUACCAGUGCGGCUGGCAGGGAUGCGGAAGGCUUGUUAGCCAGAAAUGGCCCCUGGUAUGCGACACCGGAUGGCGACGUUGCUGCGUUGGUGCCAUCCAAGAACGUGUUUGGCAAGGAGGAUCCCGGACGGAAGGCUCGUGAGGUGGAAAGACUGAGUGCAAGCGAUCCUCUGGCGAUGAUGAAGAGGGGUGCCAAGAUGAAGAGCGACGACGAGAAAAGAGGAGGCGAACAGAACACCGCAGGGAAAGACACGAUAAUAGGGCGUCUGGUGAUGAAUCUGACCGUGGCAAGCGGUCUCGGUCGGAGAGGCGGGAACGGGACCAUGAUCGAAACCGAUCGCGAGACAAAGACCGGUACCGCGACCGUCACCAUCACCAUGUCCAUGACAGGGAUCAUGAACGGGGUCGUCACCAUGAGGAAAGGGAGAGGAAUCGCGACCGAGAACGAAGUCGGGGGCGUGAAAGAGAUGAGGAAAGGAGGAGAGAUCACUCUCGUGACAGGCACCAUAGACGGUCUAGCAAGGACCGAGACGAUCGCGAGUAUCGCAAGCACAAAGACCGUGAUGCUCAUGAUGGUAAGCAUGACCAUCACCAGCAUCACCGCUCGGAGAGGUCAGAUUACGGGCACAAGCCAAGAUGUCCAAGACACGGUCAGGCAUAGCAUCCUCGAUUUUUGCAUUACGCAAUGUUCACAGUACAUAAAAACCUUAGCGUCAACAUAAAAUAGCCAACAAGAUACCCAUCCAAAUGUAAUACCAUCCAAAAACUCCUAAUCUGACUCCAAUUCCCCCGAACCUGUAUUCCACUCACCUCUCCUUCCAAGGCAAACUAAUCUUCACCUCCCUCAUAUCCCUCUCCACCAUCUCCUUCAACCCCCU